AUGUCUCAAUCAAAGGUUCAUCCACCAGCCAAAUCAAAUAAGUGGGGCGAUUUAAUAGUUCGCACAGUUUCAUCAUGCUUAUUGAUGGCAUGCCAAAUCGUUAUAUUCUGUGCAGGCAAAUACCCAUUAAUUGCUGAAUUAAUGCUUGUUCAGUUCCUUGCAUUUUGCGAACUCCUUAACCUUUCAGUUGAAAAGGAUAAGGAGAACCUCAUUGGCCGCCGUAUCACAAUCUUCCCAUACGUUCUCGUAUUUUCUUUAACAUAUGCUCUCUUCGGUAAGACAAUGCUCCACUAUUUCCUUAGUGAUGCUAUUAUUUCUCGUUACCACUUCAUCACAUCCUUCGGAUUUGUUAUGUUAGCUCUUAUUUUCUUUGUUACAGGACUGACACCACAGAACGAUCAGUACGCCUAUAAGAGAUUCACAUACUCAUUCUGCGGAGCCAUGAUUGUUUGCGUUCCAUGCAAUCUUUACGCCAGAUUCGCAGAGAAGUCUCUUUUCUGGUUUGCUGUUCCAUUGUUAUGCGUCAUGAUGAAUGAUACAUCAGCUUACUUCUGUGGCCGCUUCUUCGGUCGCCACCAAUUAAUCAAAUUAAGCCCUAACAAGACAGUUGAAGGCUUUGUUGGCGCUCUAAUCCUUACACCAAUCACAUUCAUCGGCAUCACAUGGAUUGCAUCUCAAUUCCCAUUCCUUUACUGUGCUCGUUCUAAAAUGUUCGAUUUCCAAGUUACAUGCGAUCUUCCAAGAGAAUUCACACCAACAACAUUCAACGUCUUUGGAAACGAGUUCACACUUCUUCCAGCUUACAUCCAUGCCGUUGUAAUUGCCCUCUUCGCAAGUUUGAUCUCUCCAUUCGGUGGAUUCUUCGCUUCUGGCUUCAAGCGCUCACUUGGCAUCAAGGACUUCUCACAUCUCAUCCCAGGACACGGCGGUCUUCUUGAUCGUAUCGAUUGCCAACUUGUUAACUGCACCUUCGCUUAUCUUUACUACAUUACAUUUGUACAAUGA